GUCAGGCGUCAGCUGUUCACAAGCACAGAUGAGGGACUUAGAGCGUCGGACGCCGAGUCUCACCCACAGCUGAGAGGUACAGCCACAGAGGGAAACACAAAAACUCCUGACAAAACUCCUGAGUCCUCGUCUCUGUUGGGUUUGCUGGAAUCUGACUGAAAACUACCAUCGAAGACACUUGUUUUUCUCUGAAAUGUACGUUUUAUCUGGGAAGAAAUGCUUCACUCGAGGUGCACAACAGGAAAGUGUUUAGUACAUGUUCUGGGUUCGGGAGCUUCCUCUUUCCCUGAAUGACACAAGCGGGACGUUCCGGUUUCACCCCUUCAAUGAGCAAAGCAGCUUCACGUCCAAACCAGCUGCCCAGCAAAAAGAAGUAAUAAUCCUCCAAGAUGGCAAUGACUUCACUGUAUGUUACUGAGGAGCCAGGAGCUGGCUUAACUGAAGUGGACAUAUGCACGCUGGAGAUUAAUAUGAACUAUGAAGUCAUCCCAUCUAUUGUCUGCUCUGUUUGCCUUUCAUUCGGCCUCAUCUACUGCUUCUUCGGAUACCGCUGCUUCAGGAUGGUCAUGUUCUUCUCAGGCUUCUUGCUUGGCUCAGCAGCUGUGCUCCUGUUGUACCACAAGGAGCCUGUGCUGAACGUCCAGCUGGGGAUGGAGACGAAGGCGGGCAUCGGUCUGGGUGUCGGGGUGCUGUGUGGGCUGAUGACCAUGCUGGUGUCCACUAUGGGCCUCCUCCUCAGCGGCCUCCAGCUGGGCAGCCUGCUGUCCCUCUCCAUCCUGGUGAUCAUUGCACAGUUUCACAGCCUUACUCCGGUCUGGGUGCCUCUCGGUGUCGUUCUGGCUGCCAGCAUCACCACUGCUGUCUUCACGCUGCAGUGGCAGAAACUCUUCAGCAUCAUCUACACCUCGGUGUUCGGGGCGACCACGGUGAUGCUGUGUGUGGACUACCUGGUGGGGACGUUCAUGCUGCCCGAUCAGGUGUACGACAUGUUUUGUGAAGUUGCUCCACGACCGCUCUGCUGGUUUAACUGGGCCAUCAGUGGGAUCUGUCCCGUCCUGAGCCUUGUCGGUGUGCUGUUGCAGUGGUGGUUUACUGCUAAAGGAGUCUCACACAAAGACGCUGCACCUAAAAAACACCACAAACAUUGCAAGAAGCACAAACACAGGGAGUUCAGGGGAAGACCUCAACCACACCGUCAGCGCAGACCUCCACUGCUGAAGCGUUACGCUGGAGACGUCCUGGCACCGAGUUACCUACAGAGCCUUCAAGAGCGUCAGAUGGGAACAGGCUCCUCCACCAGCAGCGUCAGCACCAUCACACACACUCUCAUAGACUUUGACUACGAGACCGGCUCCAUGGUGCCUCUGACCGCUGCCUCCCCCGUCUUUGCAGUCUGAACAAACAUGACUGUAAACUGCUCAUAUCUGAGGAACCCACUGCAAGAUCCUGAUAAUUAAAUAUUCCGUCCAUCUCCACUUCUGCCAGAUGAUCAUCAACAUGCACACGGUGUGAUCUGAGACGCUCCCAGUUCAUCCUCUGAAUGACGACACGACGAGUUAAUGCAACAUCCACAGUCAUCAGGAUCAUGAUCGCCACGUCCUUUGAACAAUUUAUCUCACAGACAGUUUAUGUUUUAUAUAUGAGCUGCUUUGUUUCACACAAGCAUAAAAACCUUUUACCCUUCAAAAACGUGUAUAUCAUUCUGGAGACUCUCACAUAAAUCCAAAAUAGUUCUAGAUUUGUGUGAAUUUAAAGUAUUACCGUUAUAAACAACACAGUCAUACAAGAAUAUGCAAUAAAAAUAAAACUACACAGCAGAAAUCUGUAAUUCCGGACAACAAAACAAUAAAAUCUUGGUUUGACUGCAGCAGUACAGCUUCAUAGUCUGCAGUGUUUGGAGUAUUUUCUCAUGUUAAUGUUCAUUAAAGGGUGACGUAAAGUGUCAGUAAUGGGGUCGUGGUAAAUGCCAAACUCAUUGUGUAACAUCAGCAAAAGCAGAGAGGAGUCAUAAAGUCAGUGAAGGUCCUCAGCUAACAUUAUCCAGUCACUGGUCACAGCAGACCAAAUGUACUGAUCUGGACAGCAGUUUUACUUGUUCAUGAAUUCAGCUUAAACUUGCAAGAGGAUAACUGUACUACUUAUUUUUUAUAAGUUAGUCUCAUAUUUAAGACAUAAACAUGCUUGAAAGGAUGACUCCAGUUUACUUAACCCAGCAUUUAUCAGGACAAAAAGCUUCCUUCACUUUUCCAAAACUGUAAUUUUUACAUGAAUGAUUUCAAAUGUAUGUUUCCAAGUCUCCGUGUAAGCAAACAGAAAUGAGUUGUCUGGAACUGUCAUUAAACUAAGUGCAUUAGGGAAACUUG